UGAUACUGAAGAACCUGCUUUCAUCUGACAACUGUAGCAACAUAAAGACUGAACUCUUCAUAUCAUGGCACCCAAGGCUACAACUCUGAAGUGCCUCCCUCCAUCAGUCGGGCCAGCUGUGGUUGUUUUUCUCAUUCUUAUACCAGCUGUGUGCAGUGCCAUCGAAGUAAAUUGCUCUCAACCAAACCAACCUGCCCUUCUGGAGGCUCUGACUCCAAUCUUUAACCUGAGCUCCAUACGACCUGUCAUGAACAUGACAACCUACACCAACGUCAACAUAUAUUUCACCCUGUAUGGAAUCCUUGGAGUGGAUGAAAAGGCUCAGCUCUUGCACACUUACCUUUGGCUCCAUUAUUGGUGGAUGAAUGAGUUUGUCAGCUGGGACCCAAUCCAGUGCGGCAAUGACAAGAUUUCUCUUCCCAGAAAAAAGUUUUGGGUGCCGGAUAUUGUAAUAAAUGAAUUUAUGGAUGAAAACACAGCCCCUUUUGUCCCAUAUGUGUACCUGUUUAGCAAUGGCAAGGUGCACGAUGCUCAACCAGUCAAAGUUGUCAGCUCCUGUAAUCUCGAUAUCUAUACCUUCCCCUUCGAUAUACAGAACUGCACUUUGACCUUCAAUUCCUACAUCCACUUUGCAAUGGAUUUACAGAUUACCCUGGGGAAGCGUGCAGAUGAGAUCACAGAGCACUCCAAGAAUGUGAUGACCACGAUGGGGGAGUGGGAGCUUCUGGAAAUCACCUCCCACAAAUACCACAAACAACUUGAUAAAGGAGGUCAUGUUGAUGAGCUUGCAUUUCAUAUCAGAGUGAGGCGCCGGGCCACUCUUUACGUGGUGAACCUGCUGAUCCCCAGCUGCUUUCUCAUCACAGUGGACCUCUUCAGCUUUCUGCUGCCUCCACAGAGCGUGGACCGCUCCUCCUUUAAGAUGACCCUCAUCCUGGGCUACACUGUCUUCCUGCUCAUCAUGAACGACCUGCUGCCCAUCACCGGAAACACCAUACCUCUCAUAAAUGUGUUCUUCUCCAUCUGCCUGGCUCUAAUGGUGGCCAGCCUACUGGAGACAAUCCUCAUCACCAACCUGCUCUAUGGCUCUGGUGACUUCUCUCCUGCCCCUCGCUGGGUUCAAGUGCUUGUUCUGCAAAUUCUAGGCCGUCUCGUUUGCAUGUCUCGGAAGAGUAAGGAACCAGAAGAUUCAGACAUGAAACCCAGCACUGUCGUGCCACAGCAAAAAGCAGGGGAUGGGCUUCCAGGUGAGAGAGGGCCAACUUUGGAGGGCAAGGCUGUGCAGGAGCUGAGAAGCCUGAGCAGGGACCUCCGGGCCAUCCGCCUCCAGGUGGAGAAGCAGCUCGGUGGAAGCCAGAGCUCAGACGAGUGGAUCCAGGUGGGUUUCAUCAUAGACCGCCUGCUGUUUGGCCUCUACAUCCUCUUCAUAUCAGUCAGCUUCAUAACCAUCAUCAUUAUCUGGGCACAAUCAUACAGUCAGUAG